ACCCAGAGCUAGCUAGCCACACCCACACUUGAUCCUCAGCACUGCUAGGUGAAGCAACCUAGCUAGCAAUGGCGAGGGCAUCGUCGUUGUUGUCCAUGGGAAGUGUGGUCGCCGCGGUGGUCGUGCUGGUGGUCCUGUGCGCCGCCGUGCCGGCCGCCGGUCAGGGCAAGAAGGGGCCUCCGGCUCCAAAGCUGCCGUCCAACUUCAAGACGAUCCACCCGGGGCGGUUCGGGAAGAGGAACCAGGUGCUCUCCUGCGACGACACCAAGGACGGGAACAGCCCCUGCGUCGCCACCUGCGACAAGCGCUGCCCCAACGAGUGCAUCGUCAUGUGCCCAGGCUGCAAGACCUACUGCAUGUGCGACUUCUACCCCGGCGUGUCCUGCGGUGACCCCCGCUUCACCGGCGCCGACGGCAACAACUUCUACUUCCACGGCAAGAAGGACCAGAGCUUCUGCGUCGUCUCCGACACCGACCUCCACAUCAACGCCCACUUCAUCGGCAAGCGUAACCCUACCAUGAGCCGAGACUUCACCUGGAUCCAGGCCCUCGGCAUCCGCUUCGCCGACCACCGCCUUUACAUGGGCGCCCAGAAGACCGUCGGGUGGGACAGCGACGUCGACCGCCUUGAGCUGGCCUUUGACGGCAUGCCCAUCGACAUCCCCACCGAGGUCGACGCCGAGUGGCAGUCCAGCAUUGUGCCCGCCUUGAUCGUCACGAGGACCUCCGCGACCAAUGGCGUCAGGGUCCAGCUCGAGGGAGUGUUUGACAUCUUGGCCAAUGUGGUGCCCAUCACGGAGAAGGACUCCCGCAUCCACAACUACGGCGUGACGGAGGAUGAUAGCCUUGCGCACUUCGACAUGGGGUUCAAGUUCCACGGCCUCACCGACGACGUCCACGGCGUGCUCGGCCAAACCUACCGCACGGACUACGUCAACAAGCUCAGCGUGAGUGCCAACAUGCCCAUCAUGGGAGGCGCCGCCAGCUACGUUUCCUCCGACAUCUUCUCCACCGACUGCAAGGUCGCCAGGUUCGGCCGUGCCCACGGCGGAAUCUCCAUGGUCACCACCAGGGCCAACUAAACACCCGGAUCGACGACUAUCUCUCAAGACAUUUAAGACUUAACCCAGGAAUAAACAAUACAGAUUUAUAAGAUACUGAUGAUAUGCCACCAAAGACACACAUGAUCAUGUCCUUUGGAUACUGCAAAUGGCGAAAUGAAAUAAGUUUAUAACCGAA